AUGACGACACUGCCAUCCCCACUGGCCGAUGUCACGUCUAGAAGUGCAACCGCUGAUGUUGCACAGCUUCGCACAGAGAUCGAUGAAGACCUUGCUGCAUUAACUGAGUCUACGCGCAUCCUUCGCUUUCGCAGGAACGGUCUAGCUCCCAUCUCUGGCCUCCCAAACGAGAUUCUCACGGCUAUCUUCGAGUACUUAGAAGAAGAAGAGCGUCUCGAUGGAUAUGAUAGCGAGGAUACCCCUGCUUGCGUAGCAGUUACACACGUCUGUAGACACUGGCGCAAUGUGACUCUCGAGUGCCCGACUCUUUGGAGAUUCAUCAGCUCUUCCUCUCCUUUUUGGCUAGAUGUCAUGCUUGAGAGGUCGAAGGAAACUCCUUUAAUUGUCAGGUACUCCAUUCCGAUGCCGCUAGACAAUUGCUUGGAGAAAGUCCUUUCACACCUACUUCGGAUCGAAUACCUCGAAUUUCGCUCAUGGUCAUCUGCACCGAUGCUUAAAACAUUCAAAUUCUGGGCUAGAGAUGCCGCGUUUUUUCCAACGGGACUCAUAUCAGGACCCAUCUUCCAAGGACAAGUACCACUACUUCGGGACGUCGAGGUUGACUACUGUGACCUCAGCUGGUCAUUAUGCACUUUUGGCGGGCUUCGAACUCUACGUGUGGAAGGAACACGCUUGCCGGACCUCCUUUCAGCUCUGCGAUGUAUGCCUGCCUUGGAGCAACUUACGCUUGACUCAAUAGAAUGCAACGAAAGAAUGAUGUUCGAUCCAGUGCCACUCACUCGGUUGAGACAUAUAAAACUAUGCGCUACCUCGUUUCGAACUGCUGUCCCUGUCUUCGCACAUCUAGCCCUUCCCGUCGACGUCAGGAUUUCUCUACGUCUCCUCUCAAUUCAAGGGCCUAAAACCUUCUCUGACCUGUUUUCGGCUAUAUACAAGCACCCUGGUGGACCCAGUCCUGUCUUGCGGUCGCUACGUGCCACCAAUCACAAUACAAGGUAUAUGGCUGUCCAGUUUAGCACAUCGAGGACGAUCAAGAAUCCUGAUGGCGAUGAUAUACGACUGUCGAUCCAAUUCUUCUUUGACCUACCCUUCAUAGUUCAGCCAGAUAUCGUACUCGAUAUAUGGCAGAUCAUCACCCAGCAGGGGCAUCAAACCUUCUUUUCUGGCGAGCUCGAAUUCAUCCAUUUUGAGGGGUUCCUGGGGUUCAUUUGGGGCUUAACCGCUGCGCUCCGGAUUGAGGGUUCGUCAAAUGUGACGUUUCCCUCGCUCCGUAUUCUGGAGCUUCGAGAUAUGGUGCUCCAAGAUGACGAACUUAAAGACCUUCGGGACAUCUUGACAAUGCGAACCAGACAUAAUCUCUGCAUACAAGACCUCCGACUCACGCUAUGCGAUAAUUUUACGGUUGAUCAGGUGCAGCUUUUUAGGGAAGUGGUUGCGAACAUUGAUUGCGAUCAAUAUACUCUUAUUAAUUGUGGUCGGAGUUUGAGAAAGAGGCUGCCCUGA